AUGAUGAAGAGCAAAGACAAAGACAGUGAAGCCCGGGUCCAAGAAAGUGAUCGACGCAACGCGAAUGCCCAUCAUGGCAAAACAAAGGUUGCGCGCAACAAACAGCAGAAAAACGUUGCUUCGCGUAGAAAGGGAAACUCGUUGUCAACGAAGUCAACGAUGUUCUCUCCCAUUGCGAAUCGCCGCUUGUUCUUGAGUCCUCCCGUAGCAGCAGAAAAUAUGACGAUUCUAUUCAGUGAUGACGACGAUGAACAAAUGGAAUGA